AGCAUAGUGCUGGAUUGGUGACACUAAAUUUGAAGGGAUAGCAAAGCGAGCCAUCCGGAAGAUAUCAGAAUUAGUACCUUUGCGCAUUAAGUGCGCAUGGUUGAGUUCGGUGAACAUAUGGUCGUUCGUCAACUGCAGACCUAAACACUGUUCGCGCCUGUGCAUCACAAUCAUCACGCUACCCCACUACCAUUCCAUAAUGCCGAAGUCAAAGGAAGUGUUGUCUACGUCCUCCUCUGGCAGUGACUCAGACAGUGAAGUGGAGACAAAGGCCAAGAGGAAGAAGCCAGCCCCACCAGAGAAGCCAGCAAAGAAACAGAAGAGUGGGGAGAGCUCCAGGGCAGGCGGUUCUUCCAAGGGUGGCAAUAAAGAUGACAACAUGUUUCAAAUUGGAAAGAUGAGAUAUGUCAGCGUCCGAGACUUCAAAGGCAAGGUGCUGAUUGACAUUCGUGAGUAUUGGAUGGACCAAGAAGGCGAGAUGAAACCAGGCAAGAAAGGCAUCUCCUUGAAUCCAGAGCAGUGGAACCAACUGAAACAACAAAUCUCUGAGAUUGAUGACGCUGUGAAGAGAAUAUAAGCCCCUCCCUCGGUGUUUAGAAGUUGAGCUUGCGUAGUGUUUUUAGAUUUUACCAACUUUUACACUGGCGUAAAACAAUGUUUUCUAAAGGAUGGAAUUUUUUUUAAGCGACAAAGAUUACAUUGUGUAUAUAUGCAGUUAAUUUGAAUUUUAAUAUUUUCUGCAUGUGCUGUGUGAACUGGGUUUAAAAACUGUUGUGUAUUAUGUUUGUGGUUGGGUCAAGACUAGACGAGCUGGGAAGGGUGCAAGAUCUGGGUGGUAAUUCAGUUUGUUCAUAGUAUUCAAUAGAGGCAAUAAAUAGGCUCUAAUUAAAUAUACGUAUUUC